UGAGAAUACCUUCUCCUUGCUUACCUUACCUUGAAGGCUCGAUCCGAUCUAGCACAGCAAAUUCUCUCUCAGUGAACCAAAACACCAAACCGAGCAACCUCGUCAUUUUUUCACAUUAAAAAGAAAAUCCUCUUGUUUUCUGAAUCAUCAAAUGAUUACUGUCUCCGUGAAGCCAUUGUUCACGGCCAUCUUCACACUCUCGCUUUUCCUAGCUAUCGUUUUGCUGUCUCCUUCUUCGCCGUUUUCAUCCGUCCCUUCAAAUAAACAAGCAGGGAAAUCGGACAUAUGGGGUGUUAAGAGGCUUGUGGAGUGGAGGCCGUGCAGGUGGUGGAUUCAUGGACCUCGCAUCGCCCUACCAGCAGAGAGUAAUGGAUAUAUCCGUGUGGAUUGCUAUGGUGGCCUCAAUCAGAUGAGACGAGAUUUCUGUGAUGGCGUUGGCAUUGCCCGCUUGUUAAAUGCAACUCUGGUUUUGCCAAAGUUUGAAGCCGCUGCUUAUUGGAAUGAGUCAAGUGGGUUUGCAGAUGUAUUUGAUGUUGAUUACUUCAUUCAACAGAUGGAUGGCUACAUUAAAGUUGUUAAAGAACUGCCACCAGAGGUUGCAUUAAAAGAAGCCUUUCAUGUAGACUGUAGCAAAAGAAAAGGCCAAUUUGAUUACAUUGAAAGUGUCCUUCCAUCUUUAUUGAAAUACCAGUAUAUUUCAAUUACACCAGCAAUGAGUCAAAGAAGGGACAGGUAUCCUCUGAAUGCAAAAGCUGCACUUUGUCAAGCAUGUUAUGGUGCAUUACGCCUUACAAGAACCCUGGAACAGAAAGCUGCAGAACUUCUGGAAGCUAUACCAAAACCCUUUCUUUCGCUUCAUCUUCGAUUUGAACCUGACAUGGUAGCAUAUAGCCAAUGUGAAUACCCAGGCCUUUCCCCUGCCUCCAAGGAAGCCAUUGAGGCUGCAAGGGGAGACAGAAAACCAUGGACUGGGGAGCUGGCUCGCACUUGGAGAAAGCGAGGGAAGUGUCCCCUCACGCCUAACGAGACAGCCUUCAUUUUUCAGGCACUUUCCAUCCCUACGAACACAAAUAUAUACCUUGCAGCUGGAGAUGGCCUGAUGGAAAUUGAAGGUUUAAAAUCUAUUUACACCAACGUGGUCACCAAAUCUGCACUUCUCAGUGGUGAGGAUUUCCUAAAUAUGCACGGGAACACAAAAGCUGCAUUGGAUUAUUAUGUAUCAAUCAACAGUGAUUUUUACGUGGCUACUUUUUUCGGUAACAUGGAUAAGAUGGUUGCUGCAAUGCGAGCUUAUAAGGGAUUGCAUAAUACCCUAUUCCUAAGCCGGAGAGCUUAUGCAGAGCUCAGUUCUAAGGGCUUGGAUGGGAAGGAGUUGAUGCAAGCCUUAUGGCUGGCUCACAAAGAAGAUUUUGCCAUGGGAAGAGGGUCUGCUCUGCCUGACUGCUUUUGUGACUUCAAAUCGUGAUUUCAUGUUUUAGGAUUUGACUUGUUCGAAUUUCUUUGUAUAUGACUAGUCCUGUAACACGUGUUACCGCGGGUAGGUUUCUAAAUUAAUUUUAAAUGUAAGAGAAUCUACUGACGUUGGAUAUCA